UGGAGAGAGAGAGAGAGAGGCGCCUAUAGGUUUCCUACACUUCUUACUUUGACAGCAGAAGAUAAUAUAGUUGAAUAGAGAUAUUAUUUAGUACCAACAUAGUGUGAUCAUGCAGUACCAACACAGUGCGCCUUCAGCCAUGGGUGUUCCUCUUUACGCGCCGACCCCUAUCCAGCCCGUCCACCCAACUCCUUUCUACAUCGAAGACAUCCUGGGGAGAAAUGAGACCCUGACCCAGUCUUCAGCGGUGGUCUCCACGCCAAAUCUACCGUCACCGAAUUCAUCCUUCACCAGUUUGGUCUCUCCGUACCGGACCCCCAUCUAUGAACCGACACCGAUCCACCCUGCGUUCUCUCACCACGCUGCGCUCACCGCCACGUAUGCCUCCGGGGCUUUCGCUAAUUCACUGUACCCAUUCCACCGGUCUAUGGGGGACUAUACUCUGAUCAGGCACGACCCGCUUGGUAAACAACUUCUAUGGAGCCCGUUCAUUCAGCGUCCACUGCACAAGAGAAAAGGUGGACAAGUCCGAUUCUCCAACGACCAGACAAUAGAGCUGGAAAAGAAGUUUGAGACACAGAAAUACCUUUCACCCCCCGAACGAAAACGACUGGCUAAAAUGUUGCAACUGAGUGAACGACAGGUGAAGACGUGGUUCCAAAAUCGAAGAGCCAAGUGGAGGCGACUGAAGCAGGAGAACCCUACCGGCAGUAAGACAGAUCUGGAGGACGAUAGCACCGGGAGAAACUGCGAGGAGGGACCGGAGUCCGGUGUGAGCCUCAGUCCGGCCCGGGACCAGAGAUGUAGGGCUACAGAGAUGACGCACACUCACAGUCGGUUGCAGUGUUCCACGUCGCCUCUAUCACAAGGACAAAUAGAGUCAGACAUUUCAGACGAUACAGACCAAGAACUGGACAUAGAGGAUGACAUGGAGUUCCCACUGAAUCCACCGAUAUGAAGUCAUCAGAUCAGUGUUUACAUGUCAAUCUGGACGUUGUCCCACUGGGUGACUGACGGCCCGGGAAGAGGACCAAUAGCCCGUCAGUAAACAUUGUUGUAGCAUCUUUCUGGAAAAUAGAUUUGUUUUUGUAUAUAAAUACCUGUAUAUUUUGUGAUGUUGUUUUAUUGUCAUUAUGAGUUUUUUAAAAAUAAAAAUUAAUUGAGC